UUCACUUUUUGAAACUAAACAAGGCCCUACUACCGACUCCGAAAACUGAAAACAAACAGCAUACCGUAGUGCACAAGCUGCACAACUGGAAGCCAACCCAUCCACACACCACACCAAAAUCACGCGCUCCCCCAAACACGCACGGGAUGCCACACCGCCGCCGCCUUUUAUCGCUAACGCCACCCGAUUUUGUACACACACGGCUACGCCAGCGGCCAAUACAUACGGCCUCCCGGCUCACCGUCACCGACCAGUCUCCCCUCCCCAGCAGUCCCCACUACUGCGACUGCGAGACAGCGCAGCACAGGCUGCUGCCCGCUGGCCGCUCGCUGCGAGAGGAAAGAGAAUCCAAGAACGCGCAGGAGCCACCCCGCCCUCGUCACCGGCGUCCAUGGGCGGCGCCGCGAUGUGGGCCGCUGCUUUGGCGGCGACGGUGGUCUUCUUGGCCGUCGAGGUUUCGGGUGCCGCGGGGGCGUUGCCGAGGUUCGCGGAGGCGCCGGAGUACCGGAACGGGGAAGGGUGCCCGGCUGCGGCGGCGGGGGUGUGCGACCCGGGCUUGGUGCACAUCGCCAUGACGCUGGACGCGCACUACCUGCGUGGCUCCAUGGCGGCGGUGUACUCGCUGCUCAAGCACGCGUCCUGCCCGGAGUCCAUCUUCUUCCACUUCCUGGCCGCGGAGGCAGACGGGGAGGAGGACCCGGAGCCGGAGCUGCUGCGGCGCGCGGUCGCGGCGUCGUUCCCGUCGCUGCGGUUCGAGAUCUACCCGUUCCGCGCCGAGGCCGUGGCCGGGCUCAUCUCGGCGUCCGUGCGCGCCGCGCUCGAGGCGCCGCUCAACUACGCGCGGAACCACCUGGCCGACCUGCUCCCGCGCUGCGUGCCGCGGGCGAUAUACCUCGACUCCGACGUGCUCGCCGCCGACGACGUCAGGCGCCUCUGGGAGACGCGCCUCCCCGCCGCCGCCGUCGUGGCGGCGCCCGAGUACUGCCACGCCAACUUCUCCCGCUACUUCACGCCCGCGUUCUGGUCUGACCCGGAGCUCGGCGCCCGCGUCUUCGCGGGGCGCCGCCGCCCGCCCUGCUACUUCAACACCGGCGUCAUGGUCAUCGACCUCCGCCGCUGGCGCGCCGGGAACUACCGCCAGCGCAUCGAGCGCUGGAUGGAAAUCCAGAAGGUGAAGCGCAUCUACGAGCUGGGCUCCCUGCCCCCGUUCCUGCUCGUCUUCGCCGGCGAGGUGGAGGCCGUCGACCACCGCUGGAACCAGCACGGCCUCGGCGGCGACAACGUCCACGGCAGCUGCCGCCCGCUCCACGCCGGGCCCGUCAGCCUCAUGCACUGGUCGGGCAAGGGCAAGCCAUGGGACCGCCUCGACGCCGGCAGGCCGUGCCCGCUCGACCACACCUGGAAGUCGUACGACCUCUACAUCCCCAGCGACUCCUCCGGCGCCGCCUCUCCGGCCUCCGGGCCGGCAUUGUCCGCAUCCGUGCUCUCAUGGUAGAGAGAGAGAGAGAGAGAGAGAGAGAGAGAGAGAGCUUCUAGUUCCGUAGUUGCAACAGCUCUUUUGCUGAUUGAGAGGUUCUUGGCAGUGGCAAUGUGCUGCCCCCAUUGCAUUGCAUUGUCUUGCUGCGGCUGUUGCCGUCGCUGCUAUGAUCUAGCUGCUGCUCGUGGUGGGCUGUACAGGGCGGCGAAGGGAGCGGCCGUGGCGACAUGGCAGGGGAAAUCAGGAAUGGGUUGGUAGAGAAGGGGAGCUUUUGCUCUUUGGGGUAGAAUUCAGAUUGGUUAUUUGGGGGGAUUUUGAUUCUUUUUGGUCCGGCAGGUGAUUCUUGCAUUGGGGUUCCCAAUUCUCUCGAUUGGAGGUGUAAAGACUUGGAAUUUUGCUCUAUUAUUGAUCAUUCUUUCAUUCAUA